AUGAAGGUUAAAAAUGUUGAUGAAAGUAUACUGCAUGAUAUAGAUGAUGUUCUACUAAACCACAUAGAGAAGGAAGAUCUUCUGAAAUCAUUGUUCCAAAAAGCACGUAAAAAAGCAGUAAAAGAUAUAAAUGAACAUCUAGAAGAAUUUAAUUACAAAAGAACAAUAGGUCUGGGAACAUUUUUUGGUCCUCCAGAUCCAGAAUUAAAUGAGGCACUGAAUGAUAGAAAUAAAGAGAUGAAGAUUAUGGAAGAUGUUCUUGUUCCAAUUUUAGACAAGAUCCCCUUUAAAGAGGAUCCUGAAAAUAUCAAUGAUAAAAACACAGCUGUAGCUGCUGCAUUGGCAACAGUGCUCAAACAUUUUGGUGUCAAAAGUCAGUAUGCCCUCAACCUGUUGGAAAGAUAUCCAGUUUUUGUAGCAAAAGAAAGAACAAGGCUGAAGUUUCUUCAAAGGAACAAGAAGCCUGUGCUUGUGAAAGGUCAUACUUUUCAAUUAGAACACUGGCAUUCGGUUACCUAUUGUAACCAUUGUCAGCAUAUCAUUUGGGGAAUAGGAUACCAAGGAUAUCAAUGCCAAAACUGUGAUAUCAAUGUUCACAAAUCGUGCUUGAAAGUAGUUGAUGAAUGGUGUAUUGGAGUCAGUAGAAUAAAAAAAGAUAAGAAAAAAGAGAAAAGGAGUGGACUAAUGGAAAAUAUUAUGGGAAAAGGACGUAAGCCUAGCCAAUCUCUACAAGGUUCAGUUGAACGAGCCAAAAGACUGAACGAAGAUUGGAGCGUAGAUUCUGGAAUUUCGUCUUUUUCAAGUUCCACCGGAGAGAAUCAUUUAGAUGGAGGCUCGUUACCUGGAGAUCGGAAUUCCGGAUCCUUCCGUUUUGAAAAGCGUACAGACGGAUUAUCGUCAGAACAUAGCUGUAACUUGCACCAUACUGGUAGCCAGGAUACGUACGAUACCCUUGGCAAGAAAGGCACAGCGAUCGGUCGCUCAGAAAGCUUUCGUCAAAGGAGAGAAAAUAGACAUUCAUUUAGGAAACGGAGUGAUCCAAACAUACCAAGGUCAAAAAGCGAUGUAGACGUAGAUGAUAAACCAGUGUCAAAUCUCAACCACUCAGGAAGCUCCUCCAAUUCAAGUCUUUCAGCAAGAAGUUUGGAAAGCCCAUGUACUUCUGUAGAUAUGGUCCAUCGAACCCCCUCAGGAACCCCAGCAGACCCCGUCACAGGCCCCAGUCCUUCUCCUGGAAUUCUUCCAUCAAGUGGAUUAUCAUCCACUUUUCACCACUACAAUGACUCUGAUCUGGAAGCAGAGGCAGACCAACCAAACUGGCAGGAAAAUGUUAAUGUAGAAGAGUUACGUCUAAUGAAACCCAAGGAAAAGAAACGACAAGAUGUGAUAAAUGAAUUGUUCCAUACUGAGCGAACCCAUGUUAGAAACUUAAAAGUGCUCGAUGGGCUGUUUUUUCGACCACUCCAGCAGGAACAGCUGCUUCCUUCAGAUCUGCUUCAACUUCUCUUUCCCAAUCUAGACGAAAUGUUGGAAAUACAUGGUGGAUUCAAUAAAAUGAUGAAAAUUCGUCGUCGUGAAGAACCAAUAAUUGGUGAUAUUGGAGAAAUGAUGCUUCAAAUGUUUAAUGGUUGUCCUGGAGAAAGGCUAAAAAAAGCAGCCUCAACAUUUUGUAGAAACCAGUCAGUAGCUUUAGAACAGUUGAAAAACAAGCAACGCAAGGAACAAAAACUGGCACAAUUUUUGGCAGAUGCUGAGAUGCAACCACUCUGUAGAAGACUUCAGUUGAAAGAUAUUAUUGUAACUGGUUUUCAAAGGCUCACAAAGUAUCCAUUACUUCUUGAAAAUAUUGCAAAAUAUUCAGCACCAAACACAGAGGAAUAUGCAAACCUCCUUCAAGCUGUAGACUGCAGCAAGCAGAUUCUUGCAUAUGUGAAUCAAGCAGUGAAAGAGGCUGAAAAUUACCACAGGCUUUGCGAACUUCAAAAGAGAAUGGAUCGAAGUGCCUUUGAGAAAGUGGAUUCUGUUGUGACACAAAACUACAAACAUCUUGACCUCACCAAACACAAUUUAAUUUAUGAAGGACUUUUGACCUGGCGCUUGCCUAAAAAGACAUUGGAUAUCCAUGUCGUUCUGUUUGAAGACAUCUUGGUGUUGCUCCAAAAACAAGAUGAUAAGCUGCUUUUAAAAUAUCACAAUUCUAACUUAAUGUCGGGUCGAGAAGAUACAAAAGUAACCCACAGCCCCAUUUUGAGGGUUCAGAAUAUUUUUACUAGAAAUGUUGCUACAGAUGAGAGGGGUUUUUUCCUUGUUUCAACAUCAGAACAACAUGCCAUUUAUGAAUUUCUAGCUGCCUCGCCUUCUGAAAGAAAAAUUUGGUUGCAGCAUAUAACUGCAGCUGCAGAAGCAUAUAAGCCAAGAGGAGGACAGACUCCAAAGAGACAGGAACCAUCAUUGUUAAUAUCAGGAGAUACAGAAGAAAUAGAACAAGGACAAAAAGAGAAUUCCCCACCUAAAGAGCUUUUGAGUGAAGUGAGUAAGGAAACAGAAAGUAGUGGUAAUACUGAAAACAUGGACACUCCAGUUAAUCCUCAACCUGAUUCCAGUAUGGAAAAUAGUAAUGAUACUAGUCCUACCAUAAUUUCCACUGAGGCAUCUCAGUCAGAUGAGUCAUCUUCAGAAUCUUCACAAAAGGAGGAACCAACCACUCCUACAGCAGAGGAAGAUAGUAGAAAAUCUAGAAGAAGUUUUCAAAAAGUGGAAAUCUUGCAGAUUGCUGAUGGGCCUCAGUUAAUUGAACCAUCUGAGGUCAAAAUCAUUGAAGGAGCUGUUCUGCAAACUGCUGAACCAGUUUUGACACCAAUAGAAAAACUGAGAAGAAAAGACCAGAAAAUUGCUGAGAGCUUGGCUGAGAAGCAAGAAAUAAUAGCGGAAUAUCUUCAGAUACCUCCUGGUAGUUUUGCUCAUUUUGCCGAGAUUGCUAGUGAUUUAGAGGGACCAAAAGAGGUUAAAGAGUUAGUUCUGGCCUGCAUGUAUCAUGCAAAUCAACUGACAUUGCUAUUAAAUGAAUCUUUGAGAGUUAGAGAAGAAGAUAGAGUGACUGCUUCUAGCAUUGAAGUUAUAUGUGAAGGAAGCAGUGAAACACAUUCAAUUACUCCAUCCCCUAAACCUAGUAGGAAAUUCAUUCGUUUUCCAGGAGUUCCACCUGAAAGAUUGAGAACAAUCUCCUGCACUUUGAACCGUCAUUUAACUCAUCUUAUGUCUCUAGUGACAGAAAGAGAGGAAGAGAGGAAUCAGCUUCGACAAGAGCUGCACACAUCAAGGGAACAGAUACACAUGUUGCAUGAAGCUCAUCGUCAUUGUGGUAGUCUUCAUCUUCCCUCCCCUAACACUACAGAGAGUCGACCCAACAGCUUUAUCUCUGUCACUUCUUCCUUUUCAGAAGGAGUUUAUGAUCAAGAAUCAGAAACAAUAGCCAGAGAGAAAAGUGAAAAUAUGCCACCAGAAGAUGAUGAGAAUCAGUCAACACCUUGUGAAGAAGAAUUAAUUCCAGAGAUGUAUCUUGAUGCUCUUUCUGAUGAAGGAGCAUUGGAAACUGUUUGUAACCAGGAGAUGACAGACUUUGGUCAAGAAGAUAGUGGUGAUGCAGUGAUUUGUAACACAAGUAAAGUACCAAAAAUUGCUGUUCCUGAAAAUAUCGCUGAAUAAUGUUGAAGAAAAAGAUUAUUGAACAAAGAAUUGUGGCAACAAAAAAAAAAUUCAUAUUAUCUGAAGUCAAAUGAUAAAUCUGAAUCUUGCAUGGGAGAAACAAAAAAAUAUAUUUUAAAAGUUGUUGUUGAAUGGAAUGUCUAUACAUAGUUUCAUGGAAAUGUUGUACUGAAAGAUGCAGAGUAUCAUUGGAUCAAAUGUUAAGUCAUUGUUACUGAGUUAAUAGCUCAUUACUGAAUGGAACAAAUAGUCCAUUAUUAGGAAAAGUACAUAAGAUUUUAGAAACGUCCACAAAAUGCAGAAUUGUGCCUGAUAUAAGGAAGAGAAAAAAUGAUUAUAGAUUCAGAUUGUGAUCUCUCUCUCUCUUUCUCUCUUUUUUUAUCGUUAAUUCCCUGGCUUGUAAAUCAGUACUGUUGACUAGUAGUAAUGUAGCAUACUAGAGUUUAAAGUUAACCAUCUUAUAUUUAUAGGUGGCAAAAAGUUCACCGACGGUUUUACUUGUAAAACAGUUUGUAUUAAUUCCAUAUUUUAGCAGUUAGUUGGUAAAGUAACAAAAUGACACCUUUUUUUUUCUUUUUUUGAUAAACUUUUGUGUUCAUACUAUGUAACUCCAGAAAUUACUUGAGUCAUGUGAUUCUGAUCACACGGUGGCAAAUUUUAGGACUUUUGACAUUAGUGUAACUUAUAUUUAAAGAAAGUUUACAUUGUAUUUAUUUAACAUUUCUUCUAAAUAUUUUUAUUUUUUUUUUGCAAAGUCUUUUAACAGUUAAGUUAAUGGAUUUAAUGGUAAUCAACCAUAUAGAUUCAUUUUCAUAGUGUUUGCAUGCUUUUUUGAAUUUGGGAAAUAUAAUAUCAAUUUCACAUGGAUCAUCUUUGAUAUUAGUUAAUUAAUGAUAAUAUAGGAAACAUUUGCUUCUCCGUUAGGUUUUCACUCACGAUUGUUAGGUGAAGUAAUAUAAAUGAAGACAUGAUGAAUGAAUAUUUGUGACCUAUCACCUUGAAUUUAUUCACUGAAUUGUUUACUUGACACCAUUGAAAUAUGGAGAUUAAUAAGAUUUUAAAACUGCAUUAUACAAUUAAGCCACAAUUGUAUGCAUAGUAUUUUUUUGUGCAUGUAAAUUGUCAUAUGUUUUGUCUUAGGUGCUACAAACUAGUGUGUUACUGUCCUUAACAAAACUGUAAAAGUAACUCUUAGGCCAGUUUUUGCAUUUAUUGUAAAUUUUGAACAUAAUAUCUUCCAUAUGCUGUGUACAUGACGUGGGGUACAAUCUGUAUCAUUACAAUGUAAAUACUAAUGUGAUUCCAUAAUUGGUGUUGGCUUUUUCCAGAGCACAAUUGUAAAUUUUAGAUUAGCAGUGUAUAACUAAAGUGAGAGAUAGAUAUUUAUCUAUAUAUGACCAUGUUAAUCUAUGGAUUAGUAAACCUAAUUCUUUUUUUUUUUAUUUACUUUGAAUAAUGAUAGUUUUUGUUUUUCAAUCAGUACAGUAGGGUUUAGCCUAUACCCUGAUUUUGGUACUUACCAAUUUAUGUAGGGAAUUUUAAAUCAUAGCAAAAUAAGCUUAAUUUUAGUUCUUCAAGAUACUUUGGAUAAAUGGUCUGUCAAAUGUAAGUAUCUAUUAUAAAACUACUGUAAUUUUGUGUGAGUUGUUAUAGGAAUUCAGAAAGUAAAAUUUUCUCUGCAAUGAAA